AUGAAACAAACAAAACAAAUCCACGCUCAUGCUAUUGCCAACAACCUCACUCGUUUCUCCUACAUCUCCAGCAGAAUCCUAGCAUUCUUUGCUGCCUCACCGCGUGGCGAUUUUCGCUAUGCAGAAACUCUCUUCACACACAUGCCCAAUCCAAAUAUAUUCGAUUACAACUCUAUAAUCACUUCAUACACAACAAACUCACAAUUCGAUAAAUCACUCUCUGUUUUCACCAAAAUGCUCAACAUGAACAUUCGCCCCAAUUCUCACACCUUCACCACUCUUGUAAAAUCAUGCGUUACUCUUUCCUCUCUUGAACAAGUCUUCACUCUAACGAUGAAGUCGGGGAAUUCAUCUGAUGUGUAUUUUGUGAGCUCUGUUAUCAAUGUGUUUUCAAAACACGGUGCCAUACACCUUGCACGUCAAGUGUUUGAUGAAAGUUCUAACAGAAAUGUUGUUUGUUGGACGAGUCUCGUGAGUGGAUAUUGUAGUUGUGGUUUGGUUAAUGAAGUGAGGGAUGUGUUUGACAAAAUGCCACAGAGAAAUGAAGCGUCGAAUAGUGCUAUGGUUUCUGGGUAUGUUAGGAACAGUUUUUUCAGUGAGGGAGUUCAACUAUUCCGGGAGUUGAAGAAGAAGGACAAGGGUCGUGCACGUGUGAAGUUCAAUGGGGCUCUUUUGGUGAGUGUUCUUAACGCGUGUACAGUGAUGGGUGCUUUUGAAGAAGGGAAAUGGAUUCAUUCUUAUGUUGAGGAAAACGGUUUGGAAUAUGAUCUUGAGCUUGGAACUGCACUGAUUGAUUUCUACGCGAAAUGUGGAUGGGUGAAGGAUGCAGAGAAAGUUUUUGAUAAAAUGCUUGUUAAAGAUGUUGCUACUUGGAGUGCUAUGAUUUUGGGUUUGGCUAUUAAUGGGAAUAAUAAAAUGGCACUGGAACUGUUUGAAAAGAUGGAGAAGGUUGGACCAAAACCUAAUGAGGUUACUUUCGUUGGGGUUCUCACCGCUUGCAAUCAUAAAAGUUUGUUUGGGGAGUCAUCACGGUUAUUUGGAAUUAUGAGUGAAAAAUAUAACAUCACACCAUCUAUUGAACACUAUGGAUGCAUCGUUGAUAUUUUGGCUCGAAGCGGACAAGUGAAAAAGGCCUUAAUUUUUAUUAAUAGUAUGCAUAUUGAACCAGAUGGAGCCAUAUGGGGGUCUUUGCUCAAUGGAUGUUUGAUGCAUGGUCAUUAUGAAUUAGGACAGAAAGUUGGAAAGUAUUUGAUAGAGUUCGACCCUGAACAUAGCGGUAGGUACGUCCUUUUGGCGAACAUGUAUGCCAAUAUGGGUAAGUGGGAAGGUGUUUCUGAGGUAAGAAAACUGAUGAAAGAUAGGGGAGUGGUGAUCGUUUAUGGUUGGAGUUUCAUUGAAAUUGAUCAAACCUUACACAAGUUUUCUGCUGAUGAUAAAUGUUGUUUGUAUUCAGGAGAAAUUUAUGAAGUUUUAAGCCACCUAGGAAAGAAAGUUGAGGAAUUUUCAGGAGACAAGGAUGCUUUUUUUAUUUGCAAUUUGAAUCAAAUAACUUGA